AUGUCUGAGAAACGUAUUAAUGACGCCGUGCACUGGUUUAUAAACGAACUGUCAUCGCGCGUCAUCGCAGAAUCUGGAAUACCAAGUGACAGAUAUCACCUUGGAAAACUUAUUCUACAAAGUUUAAAAGAUGCCCCGGAUUUUGUUAUGCAGAUUGAUGGAGCAACCGGUGAGCUUGAAACCAAUUUAUCGGCGUUGGAACGAACCAUUCAAUGCGCUGUUGCUUUUAGAAACUUUGGUCUCAAGCAUGGAGACGUCAUGGUGCUGAUGGCACCUAACCACCUCGAUGUAGCUGUACCAUUCUAUGCAGCUUUGUAUCUCGGAGUGAUAAUAGCCGCAGUGGACAGGACUUUAGGUGUCAAGGAACUUCAAGAAUCCUUCGGUGUCAGUCAACCAAAACUAGUGUUUUGUCAAAGCGAAAAAGCGCAAGACAUUCAACUAGCUUUAAAUAAAUUGGAAUUAAAUACGCAUAUAGUAAGCUUUGAUAAAGGAGAUUAUCUAUUUAACUUUGCCGAUUUUCUCGAGAAAUAUGGAGACGCAUCGGUCGUUGAAGAUUUCAAACCUACGGACUUUGACCCCGAAGAUACUAUAGCUUUUCUUAUUGCUACUAGUGGAACUACAGGAUUACCUAAAGCAGCUGUCGUCACACACAAGAAUAUUGCUAUCACAAAUCCAUAUAUAUGGGUGAGGCAAUUCAAUUUUCCGACCCCAACGCGCUUGGCUAUGAUCGGAUCACCUCUCCAAUGGCUGACGGCUCUCAUCAAUUUCGUAAUAUCGCCGAUACUGAGAUACACGCGACUACAGACGUCGUUACUUCUUACAUCAGAGCACGCUUAUUAUCUGAUUAAUAAGUACAGACCUUCAUAUACAAUUUUCAGUCCGACUUUCAUGACGACAUUACUGAAACCUGGUGAUAGAGAACAGUGCGAUUUCUCAUGUUUUGAACUUAUAUACUUGGGUGGCAGCGCUGUGCCAAAGGACCUCUUGGAUGAAAUCAAGAGACUGACACCACAAACAGAAGUGUUUAACCUGUACGGUAUGAGUGAACUCACGAGUAUAGGUUUCAUCCCUGAUGUUUCCCCAACGGAAUCCUGUGGUAAACCGCUGGGCUGUUUUCGUUAUCGCUUAAUAGACCCGGAUACCCAGAAAGAUGUUUUGAAACCGAACGUACCUGGAGAACUGUGGAUGAAAGGACCUGGUAUUUUUAAAGAGUAUUACAGAAAUGCCGAGGCCACAGAAGAAACCUUCGCCGAGGAUCGAUGGUUUAAGACAGGGGACAUGUUUUACAGAGACGAACACUGCAAUUACUUCUACGUAGAACGGAUUAAAUUAUUACUGAAAUACAAAAGUUAUCAGAUAUCACCCGUAGAAGUUGAGAACGUCAUAAGGCAACAUCCAGGUGUAUUGGACGUGGCUGUAACUAGUGUACCUGAUGAAGAAUGCGGCGACUUGCCAGUUGCGUGUGUUGUAACACGACCAGGACAUACUGUCACAGCUCAUGAAAUUAAGGACUUGGUUAAAAAUUCCCUAUCUGAUUCGAAACAAUUAAGAGGCGGCGUAAUAUUUGUCGACGAAAUCCCUGUGACAGCGUCUACUAAAGUUCACAGAAGAAAACUCAAGGAAAUAGCUCGUACCAUGGACAAAGAAUAA